UGCGAUUCCAGAUGCCGGUGCAGUUACUGGUUCAAUGACGUCCUUUUUCUCAAACAAUACAGCGGCCGCUGCUGCCUUUGGGCUCGACACCUCUAGCCUUGCCGUUGUGGAGACCGUUGCGUAUCCGCCCGGAAUUCCAACAAUCUCAGGCUGGCCAAAUAGUUCAGCGCUCACUGUUGGAGAGACAAUGAAUCUGACCUGUGUUGCCGAGCCCACUGGUGGAGUGCCCACCUCAUUCACCUGGUUCCUUGACGGUGGCAAUCUGACGACAACAACAGGUAGUUUGGGAGAGAUCUACACAGUACUAUCAGUCAAUGUAUCAGAUGCUGGGGACUACAAGUGCAUGGCCAUCAAUCAUGUCGGAUUCGGUGAAACCCUUGCAAAGACUCUUACAGUGAGGUAUCCUCCUGGAACACCAACAAUUACUGGCUGGCCAGCAGGUUCCGAACUCAAUGUGGACGAUACUUUAACUUUGACUUGCAACUCUGCGUCAUACGGAGGGGUGGCUCUGUCCUAUGAAUGGUAUCUUGGCGGGUCAGCGAUUCCGUCAGCAGGAUCAGAAGGAGAAACCUACGUGCAGAUUGUCAGUCUGUCUGACGUUGGAGAGUACAAAUGCGCAGCUUUGAACGAUGGAGGACAAUCUGCUUCAACCCCACUCAAUCUUACAGUCAAUGAUCCACCAAGGACACCUAUUACUAGUGGCUGGCCUUUCAGCUCCUCACUCACAGUUGGCGCCGCGCUAAGUCUGACCUGUUCGGCUCAAUCCAAUGGAGGGACUCCCACCUCCUUCGAAUGGUACCUUGACUCAACUUUGCUAAAUUCCACGGGAAGCCUUGGUGAGACAUACCAGACGACAGUGAGUGUGUCCGAUGCCGGGGCUUACAAAUGUAAAGCAAUCAACGCUGGCGGACAGGCAGAAUCAUCUAUACUGAACCUCCAAGUCUUAAAUCCUCCUCAUACGCCCACCAUCACAGGCUGGCCAUCCGGUUCUAACGUUCUUCGCGGGGAUACCUUCAGCUUAAUCUGUAACUCGGCAAGCACCGGCGGAGUCCCCACUUCCUUCUCAUGGUUCCUGGGCACGACGAAUCUCCCCUCGGACGGAGCACAGGGGGAGAAUUACACGAAGGUUGCGGCGCUGACCGAUAUUGGAGUUUACUGUUGUAAGGCAAUAAACGGUGAUGGAGAAGCGGCUUCAGCUGCCACACAGAACCUCACAGUAACACCACACCCACCAAACACGCCUACCAUCUCUGGCUGGCCUAGUGGUUCCUCGCUCGAAGAAGGCCAGGCCCUAAGCUUAACCUGCGUCGCAGCAUCAAGUGGCGGAGCCGUUACGUCCUAUGAAUGGUACCUUGGCUCCACGAAGCUCAACUCAAUGCAAACCUACAAUAUAUUAGUCAUGUUUGCGGAUGCUGGGGUCUACAAAUGUAGAGCAAUCAAUGAAGAUGGUUACGCUGACUCAGCUACUUCUACCCUUGCCGUUACCGAACUGUAUGAGCCUACGUUCGGCAUCACGUUUUCUUUAAACCAGAAUUUCACCAGCGACCUUCAGAAUUCCUCCUCCGCUGCAUACAUCCAACUAGAGAGUGACAUGAUAGGCAUUCUUUCUUCAUCGCUGAGCUCUUCAGCCAUCGCUGAUAAGAUAAAGGAAAUACUUAUAACUGGAUUUAGCUCAGGGAGCAUCGUCGUUGACUCUCAAGUCGUCCUAUUCGCAAACAGCACAGUUAAUGGGACCAGCAGCGUUUCUUCAUCAUCCAUCAGCAAUAUCAUGGUGACCUACUUAACCAAUAACAGCGAUGUUGCAGCUUCCUUUAAUUUAGAUGUGGUAUCCAUUUCAGUGGAGGAGAUCACUACUGCAGCCGCAACCACAACGACCACAACUACUAAAAGUCCUGCCCUUCCAGUUCCAGGCAAGUGCAACAGUGGCGUGGGAGGAUUCACAGCGCAAAUCACGUGCAACGCUGAAGGUUCCGCAUGUGUGUCUUAUAAAAAGAACGGACUCAACAAUGGCUUCGAGUGCGGGUCAAACGGCUUUUGUGACAUGACGUCAGAGGACAAGAGGUGUUGCUGUACAACAUGCAAUUCCAACCUGUGCAACAAUGAUGUCGUUUGUAACCACGAAUGUAACAAAAGUGGCGCCGCCAGCCUUGUUGCAAGCUUCACGAUGCUCGCCAUGAUGCUUACAAUAAUUUUCAAGAUAUUGUAAAACUCUUUUCCGAACUUAUCAUGAAAUUUCGUCCAAUUUUCGUUGAUGAUAGUGCUGCCAUCUGAAUGUAUUAAGCAGACAACUUCUUUAUCUCGUCCGUCAUGAACGGAUAAAGAAGGAAAUUUGUCUUUUUCGCUGAUCAUUGGGUCACUGUUGGUCAUUUGGACUCCUGCGCAGCCGCGUAACUGCACUAUCGUUACGUGACUGCCAAUACAGGCCACCAUCUCUACUGAGGACACCCUCGGGAUAGAAAAGUGCUGUCCUUAGUUGAGGUGUCCUUAGUAAGAGAGGUAAAAUUGAUUGGAAACAACCAAUUAGAGACCAGUAGUGUUCUUGAUAGUAGAGAGGUGUCCUUUGUAGAGAGGUGUCCGCUAAGGGAGGUUUCACUACAUACAUGUAGACUAGUAUUGUUUUUAUUGCCAAAAUCGAAUUUAUAAAUAUUUGAAUCUAGGGGUGAAAGAGUGUACUGUGUAUAUUUUACAAGUAUAUAGGUGGGGACAGUUUGUGCAAAUGAUUAUAAAAACUGUAAAUGGGUAAUAAUUGUAAAUAUAAGUUAGGAUAAUUAUUUAGAUUAUUGUAGUACAUGUAUGGGAAAGGUAUUAUCUAACAUUUUGAUCUUGUGUGUUGUUUUGAUGUCAUCUUGGUGUGUGGAAUUAAAUACACCCCGAAGAAAUCCGCAGGGCUAAUGUCUGCUGCUAUGGCCCUGCACGCAAAUUCUACAGGCCCUGCUCACCAAGUCUGCAGGGCUGUCAAAGCGAACAUUAAGCACUAAUUUCCGCGGGAUGCCUUUAAGCGAUUAUCUCAAAAUUACUUGAUGUGCCUUCUUAAUGAACCUAGCAGAAUUUUUCCGGAAUUCUUGUUUUUCACAUAUACUUUUCUCAAAAUGUAGACUAAGUGAUGGCCUCAUUAUCUCGAGUAGGUUGCGGUUUUAUUUGUGUCUAAUCGGAGAAGCGAAUGGUGGUGUCGCCUCCUAGGUAAUAUUUGAGAUGAACCCUUGAGUAAUGUGUCCUACUCCGUCCAUGCCAUAUGUAGUAGUACUGUAAACUAUCGUCUGUGAUAUUUUCGAAAAAAUAUAAGUAUUAUGACCUCUGAUGACCAACAUGUAAGGGCAUUUUUGGGAAAAAAGCAGAGAAUAUUAUUUCGUGAUGGUACCAUCGCAUAUAUUUUGUAUCAUAUCAUUAGUAAAAAGAAUGUUGACAAGCUAAAACUGUGUUUGGAAAUUCUUAAAGUAAUUUUAUUAGGGCCCAUGUAUAUACUUUUAUGCCAACAAAACACGAACAAAUAAAGCAAAGAAUGGUACUAAAUAUUAGAUUUUCUCUUUUUCACUUCUCAGAA